UAAUAAUAGCAAAAUCUUUCCAGAUUUUUAUUUUUAUUUUUAAUAUAGUAUAUAGAAAACAGAAGAGAUUUAGAGAGAGAGGCAGCUUAUGAAUCGCUCCCACCCACGUUCUCGGAUCCCCAAUGCCGGAUCGGAGGACCUCCCAAAACCCGACCUCGUGAUCCCUCCGCUCCGCCGCCGCUUCCUCCCGAUCCGAUCGCCGCUCCCCUCGAUGGCCACCCGCCGCUGCUGCUAAGGCCGCCGGAGCCGGCGCCGCGAUCCCCUCCUCCGCCGCGGCCUCCGCCUCCGCCGCCGCAACCGGGCGGCGUCGGCGAAGACGAUGCAGCUUCGGAUCUCGCCGAGCAUGAGAAGCAUCACGAUAUCGAGCAGCAAUGGGUUCCUGGACUCCAUGAAGGUCAGGGUCGCCGCGCGCCUCAUCCCCUACCGGACGGUCUUCCACACCAUUCUCGCCCUCGCCUUUCUCCUCCCAUUCGUCUUCAUCCUCACCGCCGUUGUCACCCUCGAGGGCGUCAACAAGUGCUCCUCCCUCGAUUGUCUGGGAAGGCGACUAGGGCCAAGGAUCCUUGGCAAGAGGAGUGAUGAUUCUGCGAGGCUUGUAAGAGAUCUGUAUAAGAUACUUAAUCAAGUGAAUUCUGAGGAAAUUCCAGUUGGACUGAAGGUGCCUGAAUCAUUCAAUGAGUUUCUUAUUGAAAUGAAGAAUAACCAAUAUGAUGCCAGGACAUUUGCUAUAACAUUGAAGGCCAUGAUGGAAAAUAUGGACAGAGUUGUCAAAAGAUCAAGGUUGGCAGAGCAGCUGAACAAACAUUUUGCUGCAAGUGCAAUUCCAAAAGGCAUCCAUUGUCUCUCUUUACGUCUGACUGAUGAGUAUUCUUCCAAUGCUCAUGCACGAAAGCAGUUGCCACCUCCAGAAUUGCUACCGUUCCUCUCUGAUAACUCCUACCGACAUUUUAUAUUAGCAAGUGAUAACAUCCUUGCAGUUUCUGUUGUGGUCACCUCAACUGUGAGAUCUUCUUUGAAACCUGAGGAGAUGGUCUUUCAUGUUAUCACUGACAAAAAGACUUAUCCAGGGAUGCAUUCAUGGUUUGCACUGAAUCCUCUUUCUCCAGCCAUUGUUGAGGUAAAAGGUGUUCACCAGUUUGACUGGUUGAUAAGAGAAAAUGUGCCUAUCCUCGAUGCUAUAGAGAACCACCGUGGUGUCCGAAACCAUUAUCACGGAGAUCAUGUUGCAGGGACCAAUGUCACAGACAAUCCAAGAGUUUUUGCUUCAAAACUGCAGGCCAGGAGCCCAAAAUACAUUUCUCUACUCAACCAUCUCCGUAUUUACCUGCCUGAGCUCUUUCCAAUCCUCAACAAGGUGGUCUUUCUUGAUGAUGAUGUUGUUAUUCAGCGUGACUUGUCACCUUUGUGGGAAAUCGAUCUUGUGGGGAAGGUCAAUGGGGCUGUAGAAACUUGUAGAGGUGACGACAAGUGGGUGAUGUCAAAGCACUUCAGGACAUAUUUCAACUUCUCUCAUCCCCUUAUAGCCAAGAAUUUGGAUCCUGAUGAAUGCGCAUGGGCAUACGGGAUGAACAUCUUUGACUUAAGCGCAUGGAGGAAGACAAACAUUAGAGAAACAUAUCAUUACUGGCUGAAGGAGAAUCUGAAGGCUAAUUUGACGCUCUGGAAGUUUGGAACUUUACCACCGGCACUUAUAGCAUUCAGGGGCCACGUGCAUCCCAUUGACCCAUCAUGGCACAUGCUAGGUCUGGGAUACCAGGAGAAAACCAACCUUGACAGUGUGAAGAAGGCUGCUGUGAUCCACUACAAUGGGCAGUGUAAGCCAUGGCUAGAAAUCGGGUUUAAACACCUUCAACCUUUCUGGACAAAACAUGUAAACUACACCAAUGAUUUCAUAAGGAAUUGUCAUAUCUUUGAGCCUCAAUGAUAGAUCAGAAGAUAGGACAAGUUUAAAGAAAUGAGGGAGAGAGCUGUAGUGAGUUUUGGUAAUCGGGACAUGGCAUACAUCAUAAAAAUUCAAAUAUUGGUCACACAACCUAUGCAGAUAUCAAGAUAUUGCUGGUGGUUGCUGGUGAUUGCUGGUGGCAGGAGAGAUUCUUUCAUUUGUAACAUAUUGAUGCAAACUCUUUGCUGUACUUCACCAAAGCCUUUUUGAGGGGGUACAGUAUCCCUUUUCUGGUGCAUAAGGGCAGCUAAGCAUUGAAGUGCUCACAGAGUUGCAGAGGGUGGAGCAGCAGAACUGCACUGAUCAAUCUUACAGGAGGAACAAAAGGCCUGAAUUUCAAGGCACCCAGAUUAAUCUUUUGCCCUUUUUUCUUUCCCAUAUAUUUUUUCCUCCCAAUUUUUGUUUCAUUCUGUUAAUUGUAUUCAUCCGGUAAUUUGGACAUUUGUUCUAGUACGGAUACCAUUGAACUUGCGGGAACUUAUAGGAUGUUUAUUACCAUUCAUGAGAUAUUAUUGGAAAUGUGCAGAUAAUUCUUUCUAUUA